UAUUGUUUAACAUGGCACACGCGGUACUUUUGCUACUUGGCCUUUGCCUUGGCCUUGCGCUCUUGGCCAGAGCACAUCCUCUGCAGGACAUCGCCUUGAGCUCGCACAAUGAACGCAUUGUGGGCGGCUAUGAGACACACAUUGCCGUCUUCCCGCAUCAAAUCUCGUUGCGACGCAAAGGAAUUACGACGCCCAAGAAUGCUUUUUCACAUAUCUGCGGUGGCUCCAUCAUUAACAAGGACACCGUUAUAACGGCGGCGCACUGCAUUAUUGCAACGGUGCCCUCUCAAUACAAGGUGGUGGCAGGCACCAGUCGUCGCAAUGGCAACGAUGGCAUCAUUGUCUCCGUCAGCGAGAUCGUUAUGCACGAGAAGUACAAUCCCAACACCUAUGACAAUGAUGUUGCGCUCCUCAGGCUGAGUUCGCCGCUGCCCCUGAACAACUUUAACAUUAAGGCCAUUGAGCUGACCAGCGAGGAUGCCGCUGAUGGAGAUAUGAGUACUAUCACCGGCUGGGGCACCACCCAAGCCGGUGGCACUGUCUCCGACCAGCUGCGUGCUGUCGAUGUGCCCAUUGUUAGCAAUGAAAUCUGCGAUGAGGCCUAUGGGGGCGAUCGCAUCACGGCGGGCAUGCUGUGCGCAGGUGUGCUCGGCGAGGGCGGCAAGGAUGCCUGCCAGGGUGACUCUGGCGGUCCGCUCAUCAUUAAUAAUAAGCUGCAUGGCAUCGUCUCGUGGGGCGCUUCCUGCGCUCUACCCACGCAUCCGGGUGUUUACGCCAAGGUCUUCUACUAUCUUGACUGGAUUAAGUCCAAGGUGCAGUUGGCCUAAAAUUUGUCAGCUGUGUUUAAAGGCCUCUACGAAGACUUCAUUGUGUCACAUGUCUGAAUAAAUAUGUAAUUGGCGACCAAAAGUAUUGAAUUAUGAUUUU